AUGGAAGUCGACGGCAUGGACGAUGCGGAGGAGGCGGGGGGACUUGAUGACCUGACUCUGAAGGCCAACGCGCUCGUCCGACUCGCUCUGUUUUCAGAGAGUAAGAGGACGGCUCUCCGGAGGGAAGAAAUCGCAAAGAAAGUGCUCGGCGGCAGCGCACGACAAUUCGGAGCUGUGCUCGCGAUCGCGCAGAAGACCCUAAGGGACACCUUCGGGAUGGAACUCGUCGAACUUCCCUCACGCGCAGCACUCGAUAAGGAAGCAAACGGAGACAAAGAUGCUGAGCUCGAGGACGCGCAGAAAGCAACAGGAGUGAAGAAGAGGGCCACUGCCGCGGGUUCGAAGACCUACAUCCUUCGGUCAACCCUCGACCCCCUCAUUAUUGAGUACGCCGCGCUGUCCGACUCACAGAUCAUCGAACAAGAGGCUGCUGAGAUGCCUUCGGACGAUGAGGAAGACGAUGCUGCGGCGAAGCGGUAUGGGAGCAUCAUCUCCUGGUCUCAGUGCGACCAACUCGGCGCCAUUGGUAUCGCCUACGUAAUCCUUGCCCUCAUCCUCGGCAGCGGGCGCGUCAUGAACGACAGCAAGUCUUUCUCUUUCGACCUCCGCGCCUCCCUCCGGCGCCUCAACCUCGACGAAGACGUCCAGAUGUCUGGCCUCGCUACGCACGAAAAAGUCCCCAUCGACACCUUCCUUGGCCACCUCGCCCGCCAGGGCUACAUUGAGCGCACCGCCGUCGGCGAGCCCAGCAAGAAGGGCAAGGGCGCGAAGCGCGGCCGCCCGACGCAGGGCGCGGACGACGAGGGCGCGCAGUACGAGUGGCGGUGGGGCGCGCGGGCGCUGUGUGAGGUGGGGGAAAGGAAGGUGGCGCAGUUUGUUGGCGAGUUCAUGGCGGGUGGGGAUGGCGAGGAGGAGGAGGAGAGCGAGGCGGCGCAGGCGGAGAUGGAGGCGAGGAGGGAUAGAAUUAUGAAGGGGAUUGAGCGGGCGGCGGGUGGGGCGUUAAUGGAUGUGAAGUAG